AUGUCAGAUGAAAAAGAAAAGUUAUCAGACGCUUUUCUAGAAGCGGUUUCCUUGGAAAGAGAAUCGGAUGUAGAAUUAGUCAAUGAUUUGUUGGCGAAAUUAUCAACCAAGAAACUAUCGCAACAAGGCCUUGCGAUCCUCAACUUGAAUAUUUCCAAUAUCAGGACUGGUCUUGGAGGAAGAACUGUGGUUGAAUUGGCCAAUGAUAAUGCUGUGAACUCGACCGAGGACAUCGAUAGUGGAGAGAUUAGAGUGGGGGAUAUCAUUAAGGUGGAAAAAAUCCCGUCAUCAACGGCGUCUAAGAAGAAACUAUCUGCCAAUAAUAAGAAAUCUACAAAAGGAUCGAAAUCCGAGGUAAAACUACUGGAAAAAAACAAAAACCAGGUAGACUUAUGCACCAUCGAAGGGGUUAUCACUAAAGUAUCAACGAAAACCAUUCAAUUGGCGAUAGAUGAGAAGUUCGAAGACAAUUUAUUGAAACUUGAGAACGAGAGGGUAUGGUUAGUGAAGAUUUCCAAUUCGAUAACUUACAAGCGGAUGGAAUCCACAAUGAGGAAACUCAAGGAGUUAGACUCGGGAAAUAUUUCUCCAUUGAUUCAAUUGCUAUUAGGACAAUCCAAAUUCAUUAGCCCGUCUCCCGCGACCUUAGAAGAAUCUUUUCUGAAGUUGCAAUUCCAUAAUCCACAAUUGAAUGGAUCACAACAACGUGCCAUCAAUUUUGCCCUCAAUUCUUCAUUGUCAAUCAUACACGGACCACCGGGUACUGGUAAGACCUACACUAUUAUUGAGUUGGUCCAGCAAUUGCUCGAAAGCGGAAAAUGUGAUAGAAUUCUUGUUUGUGGACCGUCCAAUGUGUCAGUGGAUACGAUUAUUGAACGACUAGAUAAGGUGGUACCUUAUACCAAACUUUUAAGAAUAGGUCAUCCCGCGAGAUUGUUGCCAACGGUACAAAAACAUUCCCUAGAUUAUAUUUCCAAAUCUGGAGACAAUGCCGAGGUCACCAACGAUAUCAAGCAGGAGAUUUCUGAUAACUUGAAAACAUUAAAGAAAACUAAAAGCUACCGACAACGUAAAGAGAUUUGGAAUGAUAUCAAAUUUUUGAAGAAAGAUUUGAGAGUACGCGAGAAAAAAGUGGUGGAGGAAUUGAUUUUGGGAGCCCAAGUGGUGGUGUCCACAUUACACGGUGCUAGUAGCAGAGAUCUCACUUCAAUGACGCAGACUGGGAAGCCAUUAUUUGAUGUAUUGAUCAUUGAUGAAGUUUCUCAAUCUUUAGAACCUCAGUGUUGGAUACCGAUAAUAUCGCACCCAGGUAUCAAGAAAUUAGUAUUGGCGGGCGAUAAUAAACAACUUCCGCCAACGGUAAAGUUAGAUGGCCAUAAUAUUUUGUCGGCUGACCAAAAGAAUCCCAAGAAUCUAAAAAUCCAAGUAUCAAAGAAGAAAUUGGAAACUACAUUAUUUGAUCGAUUAAUUAAACUACACCCAGACGACCAAUUGAAACAGUUGUUGAAUAUUCAAUAUCGGAUGAAUGAAACCAUCAUGGAGUUCAGUUCUCGUCAAUUAUACCAAGGGAAAUUAGUCGCUGAUGCUUCGGUGAAGGAUAGGUUGUUGCAGGAUAUGCCAGCGGUCGACGACACUGACGAUACAUGUGUCCCGGUAAUUUGGUACGACACCCAAGGAGGAGACUUUCCAGAGCUUGAGGACUCUUCUGGAGAUAAUAGCGCAUUAUCGACUUCGUCAAAAUACAAUGAGAACGAGGCGCUUGUGGUUUUAAAGCACGUUGAGGAUUUGGUAAAUGCAGAGGUAGCUCAAGAGUCAAUCGGGGUGAUUUCCCCUUAUAGCUCGCAAGUUUCAUUGUUGAAACAAAAAAUUCAUAAGAAAUAUCCAAAGAUUGAAAUUUCCACCGUCGAUGGAUUCCAAGGCCGCGAAAAGGAAGUGAUUUUAUUAUCGUUGGUCCGGAGCAACUUUGAUAAGAAAAUCGGGUUUCUUAAAGAUGAGCGAAGAUUAAACGUUGCAAUCACCAGACCCAAAAGACAGCUUUGUGUGGUUGGUGAUAUGGAAACUAUUGGCGAAAACAGAAACCAGUUCUUGUCGAAAUGGGUCAAAUGGGCCGAAGAGCAUGCCGAGAUUAGGUACAUUGAUCUUGCUGAGUUGGCUCAUCUAGAGUAA